GCAAGGCAAGAUAGCAAGAAAGUUAGGUUAGGUUUGAUAUAGAUUAGGAAUAAGAAUUGGAUGGAUAGAGUUUGAAUUUAUUUGAGGAAAAUGUGGUCAAGUCAGUCGUAUGUUCUUAUAUAAAUAGUGAUAAUUUUGACAAUAAUUUUCGUUUAGCUGUAUUAAAAAUCAACAGUGGUAUUAAUUAGCACAGAGAUAAAUCCAAUUGGUUUAAAUUCAUACAUAAUGGUUAUGGAUCAAGAUUUUGAUGGUGAUAACGUAGAACAGCUGAUAAGCAACAUUAGAUUGAAGAAAAUAGUUGGCAGCUACUCGGUAACUGCUGCUACUGUUGAGUUAUUAAAGGAUAUUAUUAUAAACUCAGAAUGGAAAACAGCUGAAGAUAUAAUUCAAAUAUUGAAAUUAGUUGGUAGAAAAUUAAAUAAUGCUCUUCCAAUUGAUGCAUCAGUUGGAAAUAUGGUUCGUCGGAUUCUCAAAAUAAUUCGUGAAGAGUAUGUGGCUGGCAAAGAGAAUAAACUAGAGGAAGCAGGUCCGCAGGAGUCGCUCCACAAAAUAGUGACCAGUGAGGGUGACAUUGAAGACUUCUCCAAGGAAGUUCCAGACUUAAAAAUGGCUGUUCUGGAGCAUAUUUCAGAGUUACAAAUGGAUCUAGAAACAAGUGUGGACAACAUAGCUCAACAAGCCCAUGAACAUAUCCAUGCAAAUGAGAUUGUUAUGACCAUUGGGAAAUCAAAAGUUGUUGAAGCCUUCCUGAAGAAAGCUGCUGAAACCCGCAAAUUUGACGUCAUAGUAGCAGAACGUGCACCUUUUUUCCAUGGUCAUGAACUAGCGGCUAGCUUGGCCAAGAUUAAGGUGCAGACUACGCUGAUACCAGACUCUGCAAUAUUCGGCAUGAUGUCCAGAGUCAACAAGGUGAUUGUAGGCACACAAACAGUGAUGGCCAGCGGAGGACUGCGGGCAGUGUGUGGCACACACAUCUUAGCUCUGGCGGCCAAAUACUACUCUGUCCCUGUAAUAGUGCUAGCUCCUAUGUACAAACUGACCCCUCAGUACUUCAAGUCCAAUGACCAAGACCUGUUCAACAGCUUCGUCUCUCCAGAAGGUGUGAUGCAUUACUCUGAUGGAGACAUUGUUGACAAAGUCCAUGUUUACAAUCCUGUCUUUGAUUACGUUCCUCCGGAGUUGGUGACACUCUUCAUUUCCAACAAUGGCGGCCAUGCUCCAUCUUACAUUUAUAGGUUACUGAGAGAGCUCUACCAUGUGGAUGACAAAGUUUUGUAAUUUAUGUUAAAUACUUUUAAUUUUAUACCUAAAAUAUCUUGGGGUGGUGUUGA